CUCGCAAGAGGAGCAAUGUUGUCAAGGAGGUGGAAAAGCUUCAGAAGAAGCGGGAGGAGCGGCGACAGAAUCAGAACAAGAAACGAGAGGAACGAGAGGGUCUGAUGGGCGUAGAUCCAGGAAAUCCCAACUGGGAGUUUAUGUCAAUGAUUAGGGAGUACAAGAGCGGCCUGGAGUUCCGGCCAUUGAAGGACGGCGACCCGCUGGAGGACCACCAGAUCACCGUGUGCGUCCGCAAGAGGCCACUCAGCAGGAAGGAGACAGGCCGCAAGGAGAUCGACGUGGUGACCAUGCCGAAUCGGGACCAGACGAUCGUGCACGAGCCGCGCACCAAGGUCGACCUCACCAAGUACCUGGAGAACCAGCACUUCCGCUUCGACUACGCCUUCGACGAGACGUGCGACAACAUGCUGGUGUACAAGUACUCGGCCCGUCCCCUGGUGGACACCAUCUUCGACCGCGGCAUGGCCACCUGCUUCGCGUACGGCCAGACCGGCUCCGGCAAGACACACACCAUGGGCGGCACAUUCAACGGCAAACAGCAGGACGCUAACCAGGGCAUCUACGCCAUGGCGGCUUGCGAUGUGUUCCGGCUGCUGAAGUCGCCGGCGCACAGAAACAAGGGCCUGGCCGCGUCCGCCAGCUACUUCGAGAUCUACAGCGGCAAGGUGUUCGACCUGCUGAACGCCAAGGCCAAGCUGCGCGUGCUGGAGGACGGCAAGCAGCAGGUGCAGGUGGUGGGCCUGACGGAGCGGCCGGUGGAGAGUAUGGAGGACGUGCUGAAGCUGAUCCAGCAUGGCAACAACAUCCGCACCAGCGGCACCACCUCGGCCAACAACCACUCGUCGCGUUCGCACGCCGUCUUCCAGAUCAUCCUGCGCACGGCGGCGGCCGGCGCGCCGCCCGAGCGCUGGCGACUCUACGGCAAGUUCUCGCUGAUCGACCUGGCCGGCAACGAGCGCGGCGCCGACACGUCCUCCUCGGACCGCAUGACGCGCAUGGAGGGCGCCGAGAUUAACAAGUCGCUGCUGGCGCUCAAGGAGUGCAUCCGCGCGCUGGGCCGCAAGGGCGCCCACCUGCCGUUCCGCGCCUCCAAGCUGACCCAGGUGCUGCGCGAUUCGUUCAUCGGCGAGAAGUCCAAGACGUGCAUGAUCGCCAUGAUCAGCCCCGGCCUAAGUUCGUGCGAGCACAGCCUCAACACGUUGCGAUACGCCGACCGCGUCAAGGAGCUGGGCGCCCAGGACCCAAUGGACCUGAAGGCCGACGGUGGCGCCCCGCCGGAGCGGCGACCGAAGACCGAACCAAUGGGCGGCGUUGAGCCGCCCGAAGACGACCUGGCCCAGCUGCGCUCCCUCAAUGAGGGCGAGCUGUCGGCCGACCUUUACAACUUCCAUGAGGCGGUGUCGCACCUGCAGGAGAUGGAGGAGGAGGUGCUGGAUAUGCAUAAGGCCACCAUCGAGGUGUCGCCCCGUUGGCAGCAGAUGGAUAUCUCACUGCUCAACAUGACAAACGAGGUCGACUACGAUGUGGACGCAUACGUCCAGCAGCUGGAGGACCUGCUUGACGAAAAGAUGGACGCGUUGACGCGGUUCAAGGAGCGCGUCAACGUGUACCGCUCGCAGCUGGCCGAGGAGGAGCUCAUUUCGCGCAACAUCAAGCCGGCGCUGCGCCGACCCUAGCCGGCUCGCCAGUGAUACAGCGCCGUCGGUCUUCUGACAUUCCGCCGAGCGCCGUCGGUCCCAGACCACCGGCGGCGGCGCGCGCGCGCGGCACCGGCCGCUGGGAGGCGUGUGCGGCACGCGCCGGCCGCUCCCGGCGCCAGCCGCCCGACCGAGGCUCGGCCGCCGACGCAAGUGACGCAGCCGCGGCAGGCGUCACCGCCGGCGAACCUAUUUAAUGUCUUCUUCUUCAAUGUGGUCCUGCUUUAAGCGUGGGUCCCGCUAGGAAAAUUCUAACGACGCCUUAGUGAUAAGCUACGUAAGUAAAUAAAAUCGGCUAUAUGACUGUCUCCGUCGCUUGCUGUCUUGGCUGGCAUGGCACAGCACCUGUGAUCGACACUCGUAACAAGAUCGGACAAUAUGCAUUCUUUCAUGGACGGAUCGAACGUUGAUAAUACACCUUGGGUGCCGCGGGCUACGAACGCCACGGACGUUAGAA